UUUCUGUCCUACUCUGUGCUUUGUGCGUGCUUUGCUCUGCUGCUAUUUUUGUUUAUUUAUAAAUUUAAAAUGAUAUUGUGUUCAAUUAAGUGUAUUUUAUUUUAAGAUAUUUUGUAGGAUGGUCUAUAGAGAUUUAUUAAAUAAAAUAUACUAACAAAAAUGGCUAUACCGCCGUUUCCGUCUCACGAUUUGGCUAAGCUCGUACUUGGCUACCUCGCUGAGGAGCAGUUAAUGACAGCGUAUGAUGAGUUCCUGCAGGCAAGCCCCUAUUUGGAUGUGCUCAGGAAUGAAUAUGACAGGAUAUUUAUGACAUCACUAAAGAGCAUUUUAGCUGAAUAUAGGGCAGUUAAAAUUUACGUGGAAACCUGUAAGCCAUUUCUCUUGCGCAAAAAGUUAUUCCAAUGCUCAAACUUGCUGGAGAUUGUCAAGUUUCUUGUGAAUCACAUUGACAUUAACAGACUGCAGUCACAGGAAUCUGCUAAUGAUAAAUCCAGCUACAAUAAACAUACAUUGUACACAAAAACUGCAUGUGAUGUGUGCAAUACACUCAAUCUCAGUGCUUGUGAGUGUAGAAGUGGUGCUACCAGGUCAGGAGCUAAGCCUGGCAUACAUCCCAGUGCCCAGACUGCGGCAAGCAGUCCAGAAACCUCCACUGAAACUACCUCCUUAGCUGAUCUACCUGGAAAUUCUGUUACAAAAAGGAAUACCAGCCGCGAAUUUGUUGUUGACAAUGCACACACACAAAUUAAUUUAGUACAACAAAUAUCACAGAGCAGUUUUAUACAAUCCACAUUGCAAAGGACUGUAGAACAACUGCCACAAAGAUCUAUAGUACAACAAAUGUAUAUGACUGUCAAAAAUCCCAAUUUCCAGCAUAAUGAUGGUGGGACGUCAGAGGGAGUGGUGCAAGAACUACCAAACAGUGGUAGUGAUUUUAAUAAACAGGGAAAUACUAUGGUAAAAUCUGAUGAAUCAAAACAGAAAAUUGACGAGUUCAACACAAUAUAUAACCUUGUUUGUAGUAACAACAAUACCCCCACCACACAAUCAACCAAAAGAAACAGUUUUCUUACAGAAAAUUCUAACAAACAACUUAGUAGUGCAGGUUCAUUUCAAGAGUUCGCUACUGGAGUAACUGGAAAUAGUGACAAGGAAAAACCUAUAGUACCCGAUUCUAGCACAUCUGAAAAUUUUAACACACAGACAACAUCCAUUCAAGAAAACAGCAAAAACGUUACACCAAACAGUAAUAUGAGGGGUCCCAUGGUUGCCCAGUAUUUUUUCAAAGCGAGAACAAUAAGCACUCCUUAUUUGACCUUGAACCAGGAUUCAAAUAACACUCCAAAAAGCACCCCAUACAUAAAAAUUAGAGAAAAGCCCGAUGAUCCAAAAGUCACAAUUCUAUCAGACGUGAAGGUGGAUAAUAGAGCAUUUAAAAGCAGAAAUUGUGUUAAGAUGCCUCAAGUUCUAACAUCUAACACAGCUAAUCCUAUGUUACAAAUGCAAAGUAUAUACAUUAAUGGUACACCUGCAUACACAAAUACACGGCAAAAUGGCAGUAUCGCUUACACUAAAGAUGAAAUUAUGGCGAUGCCUACACUUAUUGUUGUACCUUCAUCAGGUGUAACACAAAGUGUAACUGCGACAUAUAGCCAGAGUAAUAUAUCGAACAGCACAAACACUAUAACAACAACUACUAGUUCAACGCAGCGUGUUUUAGAACCUCUAGUAAUUGAUGUUUCAACAUAUAGUCCAACUCCUAAAAAAAAAUCACAUUUGCCAGAUUUAAAUACUGAUAAUCCCAAAACAGAAGCUUCUGAAGGAUUAGUGAAAACAGUUGAAACUACAGCAGUUUCUUUGCCCAAAGACACAAAUGUCACUGUUUCAAACAAAACCAGCACCCCUCAUUGCAUGCCACUGACGAGGAAAUCGUCUUCUACUCCUCGGCGUAACUCUCAUGUUAGAGUUUUAGAUUUUGCUACACCUAGAAGGAUAUUAACUGAAACUAUAAACGAAAACGACACUAACCAAAUAUCCACCGAAAGUAGUACUAAUGGCACUGAAGUUGUGGUCAACAGUCAGCCAGAUAUGAUAGUACACACAAAUAUUUUAACUGAUGACAAAUGUGAAAAAAAAUCCGAGUCUAAAAAUAUGAGUAAGAAAAUGUCAACUAAGGAAAACAAAUCGAAAUCGGUGAAGAAAAGUGAUUGGGAUGCAGCACUUCGUGCGCUUGCUUUGGGAAAAGAAGCUUACGAAGAACCAGUGGUAAUUCCCAAACCAAAGAUUAAGAAAACGAAGAAGAAGAAAAAAAUUGUCUCUCCUGUUGCUGAUAAAGUUCCCGACACUCCAAUAGCGAAAAACAUUAAAACUAAACAUUCAACUUCACAUUCAACAACAAAAUCAGACGAAAGUAUAAAGUCAAUAGAAAUUGUUGAAAAUUCUGUAGAUAAAGUGGCACAUAAAUAUCCAGUACCUGUAACUACAAUUAAUAUAAGUGACGGGGGUGAUAAUGAUUUACAAACCACAAAUAAGACCCACAUAAAAGUAAACACCAGUGACGACCGCGUCGAGACUCCCGAAGCCGAACGACUCUCGCUUCAAAACGUUAUCGGCGCAAAACUCAAUAUAUCUGACCUACUAGAAACUCCGUAUAAACAAGUUUUGUAUGACAUUCAGAUGGAAACGCCUAAAUUUUUAGGCCCAGACUUGCCUGGCGAACCCUUUUCAGAUAUAAAAAUCAUGAAUAUACCCACACCACGAUUUCUAAACACACCUAAGCCAUUGCAAGCUACACCAUCAUAUGCAUCUCGUCCUACUGAUUAUUCCAGUGGAAGUUCUUAUUAUAAACCAGACGAUCAUGAUUAUGUACCAUCGUCUGACGUUUUACACUGUACAGAAGCUGUGAUUGAGAAUACAAUAAAGCCUACAAAUCUAGAAACGGUCUCAGUAGAGCCAAAGAAAAAAGGAGAUUCCGAAAAACCAAGUCGACCUAAAAGGAAGUGUACCAAAAACGUGUCAUACAAAAAUCUUAGUAAUUAUAAAACAAAAGACGAUGAUUCGUUCGAAGCGGCUUCGGUGUCUAGUGGAACGAGCAACAAAAGCAUAAGAGAUAAGAAAAUCAACAAAUCAAUAGACUCUAAGGCUGGCAAUAAAUCUAACAUGAAAUCUGUUACUAAGAAAAAGAUUAUUGUAUAUAAAUCUCCAUCAAAACCGAAAAAUUUCAUGAAGAUAAAACCCCGUCGGUCUACUCCCAUUAAAGAAACAGCGAGCAAAGGACGCAAAAAACUGUCUGAACUUUCAGACAAUAGCCCAUCAAUCUCCAGGAAAAGAACUUCGAGUAAGGACAAAACAACUAUCACACCUAUUGUGAUCGCUGGACCUACAAAAUCUCGUAGGAAAUCAUCUACUCCUAGAAAACUAAACUGUACAAAACCCUUUAGUGCUCCAGUAACACUUAUACAAAAUUCUUCUAGUUUGGCUAAUAAUAAAACUGAUGUAGUUAAAGAAAUUGAUGUAUGCCAGCUGCAAGAUUCCGACAACGAACAAAUAUGUCUUCGGUGGUCUGAAGAUGGUUCUCAGGAUGCUCCACAUAAUGAUAAAGAGGAACAACCAACCUCUAGUUCCUUACCUGAAGAAGACGAUAUUACCAAAAUAAAGGAAUAUAUUGCUACAUCUACGCCACUGACGAUCGUACCUGAUAACAAUAGUGAAGGUAGCUUGCAGAUCGAUCUAAUAAAGAGAGGGUUUGAUGUCGAAACUGCUAAAAUGAUUGAACGGGACUUGUUAGAUGCUACGCCUAUACAAGAUAGAUCAAUACAAUCUACUAGCAAUGAAGAAAUUUGCGUUAAAAAAGUGGAAGUUUCAGUUACUGUGAGCGAGAAAAUUGAGUCAGAUUCUAGUACUGCAAAUAAUUUACAAAUAGUUCAAGAGGAAGAUGACGUUGAGGAAAUAGAACUAUCAGUUUGUGAGUGCAACGAAGAUAGCAAGAAUUAUGUUUCGUGUGAAUUUGAGGAAUCAUCUUUUGUUCCUAGUAAUAUAUCAAAGUUAAAAGACAAGUUUUCGAUGGAAUUGUGCAUAGACGAUGACCUUACGAUAAGAUUAAGAGCAAAUCCGUUUAUAAGUUUAUUUGACAUGGAACCCUUAGCGUCAAUAAGGGAAUACGACGACAGAGAAACGGAAGAUGCGGUCAGUUCUAUAGCUAAUAUGGAAAAAUUAUAUACUCCUAUGAAAGAUUCCAGAGCGCAGUGCUAUGAAAUAUUUGAUUCUACACUUACCAGUAUAGAUACGCCGCUAAAAACAGAUUUAACAACGCAUGAAACGCAAGCGAACGAAAUUGUAGUAGAAGUUGAGGGUUUAAAAGAUGUUAAAGAUAAGUUGGACAAUAAAAAGAGAAAGAGAUUAACUAGUGGGUCCCUAGAAGAGACACUUGGUAAAAAGUCUAAACCUGAUACCCAGUACUUAUUUAAUUCAACGAAUAUACAAAACAUUGAUAUAGAAUCUGUAUUGAGUAAGUUACAUGGGCCAUGAAUGAACUGAUAUUGUUUUUAUUUAUUGUGGAGACCCAGACAUAUUAUGAGGUCUUGAAAAUAUGAUGUCUAUGUAUGUCUAUAUAUUCCCUUCCGCCGUUAUUAUUCCCUGAUACUUAUACUUUAAAAAGUUUCAAAGUAAGAGUGGAUGGCAUCAUAAUGAUGCCAUGAAAAAGGGGUGUGGAUUUUCAUCCUAUACCUAAAAAGUUAGCCUGCUUCCAUCAAUUGCUUCAUCACUUACCAUCAGGUGUGAUUGUACCAAUCGCCAGUCAAUUAGCGUCGCGGCAAUCCUUCGAAAAACACAGUUUAAGCUAAGGUUGCCACGAAGCUACAGACAAAUGAGAAUGGCGACAGGAGAAAUGAUUCCUCAUGAUAUCCCGUAAAAAAUUACAUAUAAUCAUGUUUUAUACUCGGACAAUUGAGGAUUUGGACCACUGGAACUUCCUAAUUCAUAAAUUUCCAUGGUUUUUUUAAAUAAUUUUAUGAAGGCUGACUAACUACGAGUAACAGCCUUGAUAAAAUGAGGUAUAAGUCUAAAAUUCAUAUUAGAAACCAGCUUCUGUUUAAUGGAUGAGAAAUAUUUUAUAUCAAAUUUAAUACGUUAAAAAAAUAUAUUGCGAGUAGGUUGCUUCAAAAACUCCUGGCCGAAGUAUCAUUAAUGAUAACUAAUAAUCUAUUGUAGGAAAUAGUAGUCUGAGACGGAUGUGACGUCAGGUGGCGCGACUUGUUUCCGUAAAGAGUGGGGAGUUAGAGAGGGGUACCGAUCGUUUGGCGGGAACGUCAUUCUCUGCCAUUCUAGGGUCUUAUUUUGGUUACAGUUUGUAAUUUAUACAUUACAAAUUAAAAAAAGUCUAAAAACAAAUGGUUCAAUAUGGAUAGGGUAAGGUUUUUAAGGUAGGGUAGGGGUUUUUUAGGUAAGGGUAAGGAAGAGGUACAGUAGGGUAGAGGUAGGGUAGGGUAGGAGUAGGAUAGGAGUAGGGUAGAGUAGUGAUUGGGAAGAAGUGCACUAAGCGAAGCUUAACCGGGUCCGCUAAUAAUAGUUUGGCUAGGAAGUUUUUAGGCAACAUACUUGCAAUAAAUUUUUUAACAUACUAAUUUUAAUAAAAAACACUUCAUCCAUUAAACAGAUGGGUGAAGGUCGAUUCUAGUACGGAUUUUCUACUAUAUGUCUGGCUACGCAUGGUCUCGUUAUAUUGUUUUUUAUUUAAGUUUUGACUUGUCACUUUCAAAUGUAGUAUUAUGUUGAUCAUAAUUAUGGAUAACUGUAUAUAAAAAUGUCUAUUAUUUUGUACGCGAUAACUUUUUUUUUAUUUAGAUGUAUUAGUCUGUGUGAGACACAUUUUGUAUUGUGUUUUGUAAACAUAAUGCCUGUAAAUAUAAGAUGUUGGUUAAGCCAUUAUUAUUUUUAGUACAGAGUCGUUUCUAAAAUGUUAGACAGCCACAGCAAUCAGAAUAAAUGUGAUUCCUUAAAUA